GCCGCGAGUGCGGCGCCUGCGCUCUCCGCGUCCCGCGGGGCCCGUUUCCGUGCGCGCGCCAUUUUCGGGUGGGGGGGGCGGGGAGGAGCGCUCGCCGUGCUGGAGCCGGUCAGACCGGGCCCGGCGGGGCUCUCACGGGGCUGUGCGUUCCCCUUGGUCCCCGCCGAGGCGGACCUGCUCCCGAGCCGAGGCGGACCCGCUGCCGCGCCGAGGCUGAGCAGCCAGGGGAGCUCGGGCACGCCUGUUCCUGUGGGCGCGGGGAGCGCGGGCGCAGCGGGGCGGGAGUUUCAAACGCUGCGUGAGGGGAGCCCGCGCGUCCGGGCGCUUCGCUCGCCGGCACCGGCUCGGGAGUGUGUUCAUGCAGGAAAAAUCCUUAGCACAUGAGGAGCAAUCUGCAAAUGCUGGAGCGUGCCGCUGCUGUCCUCCCGGUGCGCAGGUUUAUUGGCAAAGCUGUGCUGGGGUUACGCAGAGAGGGGGAGAGUUGUUAAAAACAUCCGGGCCUUCGUGUUUCCUCCACCGUGUUUUUCCUCCUUUUUAAAGUCCUCUGGUCUUCACAGUUAAAAUCUACCUUCUGACAACAGGGAAGCUAAAACAAUGGGAGUGACUCAUCUAUGGCAAAUUCUUGAGCCUGUGAGACAACCUGUCAACCUCAGUAGUCUCAGAGGGAAAACACUUGCUGUUGAUUUAAGUUUGUGGGUUUGUGAAGCACAGACCGUUAAAAAAAUGGUUGGAGUAGUUACCAAACCACAUCUCAGAAACCUAUUUUUUCGGUUCUCUUUCUUUACAUCAAUGGGAAUUAAGCUAGUGUUUGUCAUGGAAGGAGAGGCCCCCAGGUUGAAAGCAGACACCAUGAGCAAGAGGAAUGAGAUGCGCUAUGGGCCUUCGAAGAAAUCUGGAGCUGUGAGAACAGGGAGAUCUUUAUUUAAAGCCAUGUUAAAAGAGUGUCUUGAACUGCUGGAGUGUUUAGGUGUCCCUUGGGUUCAAGCAGCUGGAGAAGCAGAGGCAAUGUGUGCCUACCUAAAUGCAAAAGGACUUGUUGAUGGCUGCAUUACCAAUGAUGGAGAUGUUUUCUUGUAUGGAGCUCAAACAGUUUAUAGGAACUUUGCUAUGAACGCUAAGGACCCACAUCUUGACAGUUACACAAUGUCCUCUAUUAAAGAGAAACUUGGUUGUGACAGAGAGUCUUUGAUUGGGCUAGCAGUUCUUCUGGGCUGUGAUUAUCUUCCAAAGGGGGUUCCAGGAGUUGGGAAGGAACAAGCUUUAAAGUUAAUUGAGACUCUGCGAGGUCAAAACUUAUUGCAAAGGUUUGAGCAGUGGAAGGAACCAUUUCAGUAUGAUGAUAAUCCACCUUUGGUUGUUAAAAGGGUAACUCACUGUUCAGAGUGCCAUCAUCCAGGAUCUUACAGGGAACAUGAGCACAGUGGAUGUAAAUUCUGUGAAACAGUCAGAUGCUGCAAACCCAAUGACUCCAAACACUGCUGCCCUUGUGCAUGGCAUCAGUGGGAGCAAGCGAAACAAGAAAAUGCAGUGGAGGACAGUAUCAGAAAAAAAGCCAAGAGUUGUGAGGGCUUUCCAUUCUCUGAGGUUAUCCAAGAGUUUCUUGUAAACAAGAAUAAAUUGAUCAACAUAAAGGAAUGCCAAAGGCCAAAUUUAUUGUCCUUUCAGCUAUUUGCUUCAGAGAAGAUGGACUGGACCAAACAUUACGCUUGUAAGAAGCUUUUAGCACUUUUGACGCGUUAUGAUAUGAUCCAGAGAAAAUCUGGAUACAUUGACUCAAAACAGCUGCAGGCAAUUCGGAUUGUUAAGGCACGUGUUAAAAAUGGAAUUCCUUGUUUUGAAAUUGAAUGGCAAAAACCAGAACAUUAUGUUGAUCCAGAAGAUGAGCCUGUGGAGUUGUUUGUAGUCACAGUAGAAGAAGAGUCUUUGUUUCAGGCUGCUUAUCCUGAUGUUGUUUCCCUCUAUCAAGUGGAAAAGUCAGAAUUUCUUCAGAAGAAACAGAAAAAAAAGAAAGACAAACCAGAAGAAAAGGAAUUACCAAAUGCUUAUGAUGAAGUUACCAAUCUUCUGUCUCAAAUUAAUUUAAAGCCUAAAUCCAGAAUUCUUCCUGUGCAACACUCCAUGUCAGAUAUAAAAGCUCCCCUAGAAGAUCAAACACAGCAGAGAAGUGUUGGAUCAAAAGAUGUAGUAUUACCUUCAGCUUCCUGCAUAGCAACAGGUCACAUGUCAGCAUCAGCAGCUGCUCUUGCUGACUCAUCCGUGCCUUCACAAUGCACUAAGUAUUCAGGGAUAUCAUCCUCUUCCUCUGUACCAGCAGGUCUGCAACUGAGCACUACUGAUGGGAAAGGAACCUCCUUCAGCACUUCACCAACCCAUGGAGGUGAUGAUGGUGACCCAGGAGCUCACUUAAACACAUGCAUAAAACACUCACAUCACCUAAGUCAUGGAACAGUAAGAAGUAGCUCAGAAUGUUCUGACGUUACACAGUCUGAUCUGCAUUCUGAUAGUGAAGAUGACUUGUUCUAUAAUGAUGCUAUGCAACAGCUUCAGGAGUGGUCUUUAAGUGAGCGAAUACUUAAGAAGGCUCCCAUUUCAUCACAGCCUUUGUCUGAAGAUGUAGUGCAACUGGAAUCUUUGAAUUGUUUUAAACAAACAAAAGAAACAUUGAAUCCUGAUAGAAAUCAUGUUUCUUCCUCACUUCAGUUAAAUAACCUAGUGCAGGAAAGUAAAAAUGUUCUGUCAGAAAACUGUGCAAGUGAAUCCAGCAUACGUAUCUAUCAAGAUGCGCACAAAAAAACCAACAUCCUGGCUGAAAUGGUGCAAAAAAACCCUUAUAUAAGUGGUUCAGCAUCACUAGCCUUCAGUGGGCAAACAACAGAGACACUUCAUCCUGGGUGUGAAAUGCUUCCAGCAUCUCAAAAGCCAGCAGGUGCAACUGGCUGUCGCAUUAAAGAAGCUUGUACUGAAACUACUUGGAAAGCUUCUUUUAAAAAGAGUGUCUGUCAGAACAGAUGCUCUUCUAGUGAAGACAGUGAUGAUGGGCACAUGGAUAAAAUCCAGGUUUAUGAGCAGCAGAAAAGGCAACUGAACCCUGGCCAGUUUAAAAAAUGUUUUACAAAGAAAAGUAGUAGUGUUGUUACUAGCAAAAGGACAAACAGUGACUCAGCCCUUACAAUUAAAGGGAACAGGAAAGCCACUAAUUUAAAGAAAGCUGUUAAUAGUUUCUCAGUGCCAGUAUCUCUGAAACCAUCCUCUGUAGAGGAAGUUAAUUGUUCCCAAAGUCCAGAGCCAAUUGAAAGAUUGGGUUCUGAUCCCACACAGCAAGACAAAAGUGCUGUUCUGACUUAUGCGUGGGCAGACAGUCCCCUUCCCCUGUCUGAAAGACUGAAAGGAAGAAUCAAAAUCAAUUAGGUUCUCCAUAGAUUAUAAUGACAAUUAAGACAGUUAUUGGAGAGUUCUUUCUCAAAGUUUCUGCAGUAUUCUCUAUCAAUCUUAUGUGGACACAGUUUUGAUGAAUAGGAAUUGUUGUCACUGGAGCUGAAGUUUGAAACGAAAACUUUAACAAAAGUACCAAACAGUUCAUUGUAGGCAAGUACCAGUCAUUCUGGGUGUGUUUACAUUCUGAACUUGAUACAUAAGCAUCAGGAUACAGCAUGCAAGGGUGAGGGAGAUUCAUUUAAGAAAAAGUGUUUUUUUCCUGACCAAUUGUGCGGAUUUUAUUACUAUUUUUAUUAGUCUUUCUUAUAAAAAUACUUAGUAGAAUAGUGCCUGCAGUGCUGUUGGAUACUCUUAAUAAGACAAAGUGAUGUAGCAUUUUUAAACUGAAGUUCUCCAUUUGGCUCCACUAACUUAAUUUUGCAAGUUUUGAAAUGGGUUUUGAAAUCCUGUGUUUGUGGUUGUGUGGACCAUCUCUGAAGGACCAGGCAGAGACACACAGCAGGAUGUACCUCCCAGGAUAGCUAAAUUUAUCUCUGCCAUGCCCCAUAAUAAGCCAUUCUUUGGGGGUGUGCCUCUUCCAAAGAGUGGAAUAAGCCAUGUGAGAUACUCUGGUGUUGUGGCUGUCAUAUCUGAUAUUUAAGGAAAUUUGAUGGCUGUUUCAAUUAAGUUUAAAUUUAGUGUAUUUUUUCUUAAAGAAGGCUGAAAUCCCAUCUAACAAUCACUUCAAUUCAUAAUAGUGUGAAAAUUAAGUUACAGAAAAUCCAAUUAUCAUAUUACAGGUUCUUUGAAUAAUAUCAUGUUUGGGUUUUAUUUUUAAAGGGGAAACUUAAAUACAAUUAUAGUUUUGAAGGUGCUCUUCCUACGUCUUUAUUAUGGAAGCAAUCUCUGCUCAUACACCAAAAAAAGCUGUCUUCAACAGAUGCCUGUUGAAGGAGUGCCUCCUUGUCUGUAUUUAUAUGUUUGAAACUUUUUCUGUAUACCAACCAGAAAGAAGACAACUCUUGCCAAGAUAUAUUGUUAACAAGAGAAAUUUAGAAUAUCUGUGCCUUAGUGAAAAUGUCAGUUCUUUAUAAUGGUCAAGGACCAAGUUUGGAAGCUGAAUCCCAGAUAUGUUUAAAGAAGACAUAGGUAGCCUAUAGCUAAUAUACUCUGUAAUUAGCCAAAACAGUAGUUUCUUAGUUUAUCCUGUCAGAAGAUGGAAAAAUUUUAUUUAUAAUUGAUUUUCCAAAUGACAAAUGUAUUCUGGGAAUGAGAAAAAAAAAUCAAAAAUAUUAAAGUCUUAGUUUUGAAGAUGGUCUUUGUCUUCUGGAGACUCACGCACCCAGCUGAUCUGAGAAGGAAGCUGGAAGAAUAGAAUUGUGAAGUAGUUCCAAGCCCCGUACUGCAGGCAGGGAACCAUUUCUUAUGCAGUGGUCAGUCAUGGAGAGAUCUGAGGUUUUGCUGGUUAUUUUUGUGGAAAAACAUUGUUCUUGGUUACGUAUGAUUUUUUUUUCCCUUGCUGAUGAUUUUCAAUACUGAAAGUUGAAAUCUAGUGGUUAAAUUUUCAUUAAUAAAAAUGCCAACAUAGUGUGAACAAGCUCACUUUUGUUCCCCCCCAGGGUAUGGGAAUGUGCUCUUUUGUUGGGGGGAUAGCUCAGUUUCACCCACAAUGUGCAUUUCUGAUUUAGAGCAUUCUUUAUCAUCAGAGGGCCUGAGUGGAUUUUGGAGGAAAUUUUCUUUGUUUUCCAAAUCUGCUGGAGAUGUCUGCUUUAAUGGAUAAGGAGGUGAAAAUACUGUCAGAAUUUGGUGAAUGAUGAAAAUUGGAAAUGAGAUAUAAGACACUAAGAACUGUAGAGGAAAAAAUAUUACGUUGCUGAUUUUUCCUGCUAAUUAAUCAGGUUUUACAAGUACAGUUCAAGCGUGAAAAACUGAAAAUUUUCAGUUUUUUCAUAUGUAAUGCAUCCAAAUUUUGUGCCAAUUUUCUGCCACUACUUUAGAAGCAACAAUAGAUGUGAAAAAAAACCCCAAAACUGUGUAGAAUGCUCCCUCUAUUUAGGCUGUAGCUGCUCAUUGCAGUAAAUAAAAACAUUUAUCAUUGGGGAUGACUGUUGCUUGUGAUUCACUACAGAAGGAUAAUUACAGUUUUUUAAUUGUUUUGGUUUCUCAUCUUUAUGUAAUUUACUCAAUCUAAAGAUUAGGGAUGAUUUUUCUUUGGAGCUUUUUACUGUGCUGGCUGCUUUGCAACUUCUCACACUUGUGAGAAUGAUCUUUAAGUAAAUUGAGGGGGUGUAAUGUAACUUUCUUCUGCAGGGAAUGUUUCUCCAGGAUUAUGUUAAACUGCCUGUAAGAAUAAAU